AUGCAGAAUCGUGACUGGGUGCCUGGCGCGUCGCCGUGCGAGAGCGGCCGCCCGUCGCUGCUCUCGACGCUCGACACACUGCGCUUUGAGGCGCCGACGAUGGCGCCGCCGCCCUACUUGACGGCACUCGUGCAGCACCAGCUCGUGUCUGUGGGCCGACUCUACCACAUUCUCUUGGUGGUGUUUUUGGGUCUGCUCAUGGCACCCUUCAUCUUGAUCCCACUGUGCAUCACGCUGCGCAUCGAUGGCCACGUCGCCUGGUCGUGGCUAUCGACGCUGACGCCUCUCUGGGUCCUCGACGUGUAUGUGCUCUACGCGUGCAAGCUGCGCCUCUACGUGGCCGUCGACGACAUGUCCGUCGACCAUGCAUGCUUUAUGUGUCGACUGCCGUCCGUCCUGCUGGUGAUCGUCGGUCAACUCUUGGUUGCGCUACGCCUCGACAACGUGCUUGGCUGUACGUGGUCGGCAGCGCUUGCGCCGCUUGUGGCUGCGGGGGCGCUGCACUGUAGCCCCCGCGGCGUGCUCCUCAGCAUACAAGUGGUACUGAUCGGCCUCAAACUGGAUGCCGUUCUUGCCUGCACCUGGACCAUUGUGUGGUUGCCAUGCAUCAUUGUCAUUUCGAUGGGCUUCGUCGUCGGUCUCGUCGUGCUGCCAAUGCUGACGUGCUUCUCGGUCCAACACCGCGACGACCGACGCAGCCUCUCCCCCGUGAGCAUGUGGGGUAUGUGCUUGGUCCUCACGACGCUCCUCACGGGUGCCGUUGCUCCCUUCUUCCUGCUGCUCUACCGCCUCGAGUAUGCCGACUUCCCAACCAUCUACCUCUGCGUGCCAUACUACGUGACGCUUGCCAUCGUCGUCAGUUGGGCUGCUGUCGACACGCUUGCGUCGACGCGUGCCGACGCAAUCGUGUAG